UAAUAGUAAUACACACACAGGGGAAUACUUAUCUGCUGCUGCUGCUUCUUCUUCCUUUUCAACUGUUCAAACUAGAAACCCUAAUUCAAACUUUCUUCAAAUCAAAACACAAAUUCAUGAUCAAAUCAUAAGUUGUUCACCGAUAAUUAUCAUCUUCUCCAAGCUCUAUUAACCGAUUCACUUAAUUUCGAUUUUAACGUACGGUUCCUUAUCUAGGGUUUCGAAUUUCAAACCCUAAUUCGAAAUCAAAUCGUAUCUGUAGCUGUUAUUAGUUCAUUAAUUAUUGAUCAUCAUCAUCUUCUUCUUCAAUUUCUGUUGUCUGAUUCAGGUAAUUUCAGUUUUAACCGUACGGUUCAUGAUUUAGGGUUUUGAUUUUGUUCAAAAUUAGGGGAAAUCAUCGUACUGUUCCUUGAUCAUUAAUCAUCAUCAUCUUCUUCUUCUUCUUCUUCUUCUUCUUCAAGUUUUGUUAUCUGAUUCAGUUAGUCAACAAGUCAACCAUGAUUAGAUCAUACGGAAAUCCAGUUAUGUUGAAUAUGAGUUAUGAUUCUGAAGAACAUGAAUCAGCUGUUGAAUCUGAACAGUUGUUGAGUGAAGAUUUUGAAGGAUUGAGUUAUGAUGAAGAUAAGAUGAGGUUAAAGCUUCAAGAGCUUGAAGCAGCACUGCUUGAUGAUGCUAACGAAGAUAACGAUUCGGGGCCGAAUCGGAGCAUGGAGAUUGAAUCUUCGGGGUAUUCGGGUUCCGGUUCUGCCCUAGAGUCACCAAACGGGUCGUCUUCGUAUAACUCGUAUGUUAGGACGGGUGCGAUUACUCCAAAAGACCUGCUUUUCGAGUGUGCGUUGGUGCUGUCGGAAGGGAACGUCGAAGGGGCGUUGAAUAUGAUAAACGAGCUGCGACGAACGGUUUCGAUUGAUGGAGAGCCGUCGCAGAGGAUUUUGGCGUACAUGGUGGAAGCUCUUGCGGCUCGUGUGGCGGUUUCAGGUAAAGGGCUUUACAAAGCUUUGAAGUGUAAAGAACCGCCUUCGAAAGAUCGGCUUUCGGCUAUGCAAGUGUUGUUUGAGGUUUGCCCGUGUUUCAGGUUCGGGUUCACGACAGCGAAUGGGGCGAUUCUGGAGGCGUUUGUAGGAGAAAAAAUGGUGCAUGUGAUUGAUUUCGAUAUUAACCAAGGAAGCCAGUAUAUAACCCUGUUGCAGACGCUAGCGGGUCAAAGCCCGAGACCCCAUUUGAGGUUGACUGGUGUUGAUGACCCGGAGUCGGUUCAAAGACCCGUUGGCGGGCUGAACCAUAUCGGGAUGAGACUCAAGGAACUCGCUAAAUCCCUCAAUCUCGACUUCGAAUUCAACUCUGUGGCGGCAAAUAUAGCGGUGGUUGAACCCGACAUGCUUAACUGCAGGGCGGGUGAGGCGGUGAUCGUGAACUUCGCAUUCCAGCUCCACCACAUGCCCGAUGAGAGUGUUUCCACCGUGAAUCAAAGAGAUCAGCUUCUGAGAAUGGUAAAGAGUUUAAACCCGAAACUCGUAACCGUUGUCGAACAGGAUGUAAACACGAACACGGCCCCGUUUUUGCAUAGGUUUCAUGAAGCAUACAGUUAUUAUUCCGCUCUGUUUGAUUGUAUUGAUGCGACACUGCCACGCGAGAGUCAGGAAAGAGUGAAUGUGGAGAAACAGUGUCUGGCUCGCGAUAUAGUUAACAUAAUCGCGUGUGAAGGCGAAGAGAGGAUUGAGCGGUACGAAGUGUCGGGAAAGUGGAAGGCUCGGAUGAUGAUGGCAGGGUUUAAGCCGUGCCCGAUUAGUGAAAAUGUGAAUGAUUCGAUUCGAGAACUUAUAAAACAGUAUAGUGAUAGGUAUAACAUGAAAGUCGAACCGAAUGCAGUUCAUUUCGGUUGGGAAGAUAAAGUGUUGGUCGUCGCUUCGGCUUGGAGGUAAGAAUCAUAUUGUUUAUAAAAUAAGACGUGUAUUGUUGUAACUUUGUAACUUGUAACUUUUUUUGUUAUUCGAGUGACUCUUAACCAAUAACUUAUUAUUGUUUCGUUUCUCUUGGUAGUCGGUAAACAGGGUUGGAACCGCAACCUACGACCAGUCUUGGGCCUAGUUUGAAACUAGUCCCAAGAAGCAUGGUCCUCUGAGGUUCCAGUUCCAACCCGGUUAAGCCCGUCGGUCCUUAAUAUGUCAUGUAAUUUAAGCACGAAGCCCGGUUGUAAGUUAUAACUGGGCCCUGUUAUAUAAUAGAGUUGCAUUAUAUUUGUUGGUGUAA